UUCAUUCAUGAUUGUUGGUUAAUCUCAAUUCAUUCUUUUCAGACCAUUUACUGGCGUGGACGUUCGUAUACGUUGUGAUCUAAUAUACAAUUUUAAGUAGAAUUGUUAUGUUGUUUUGUCAAACGUGACUUGAUUUGAUUUAUAUGUUUAUUUAGUUAAUAAAUAGUCGCGUAUAUCUACGAUUAUGUCUUUGAAAAAAACCUCGCAACGGGCUAGUGGCAGUAAAAAAAGAAAACUAAGUGACGGUUCCAUUGAUAUAGAAUUGCAUCGUAAUCUAGAUUUGUUUAGUGAUCCCGAUUUUCAAACACCGUCGGACGGUUACCGAGACCUGUUUGGUGAACUUAUACCGCCUAACGAGUGCGUCAAUAAUGCACAGGCUAAAGAUAAAUCGACUAAGAAAAAAACACCUGUAUCAAAGAGAAAAAAACUGCCAUAUGAAGAUGUUUUUGUAGAUACUCCAGUAAUAAAACCUAAAAGAGUGUUUGUUGCUACUCCAAGAAUGAUUAAAAUUAUGAGGGAGGCACAAAAAGAAUUGUACUCUCUUAUGGGUGUCAACAAAAGUUCGAGUAAUGUUUCAAUUAAAUCAAACGACAGCCUUAAUGUCAGCGGAGUACAACAUUUACAAGACAGUCCUAUAACAAGUAUAAAAAAUGUGGCUAAAAUAAAUACAGAGAAUAACGAUAAGAAUCCUCAACAAGUUCUUAAAGGAGUUGUUGCAUUUAUUGAUUACAAAAUCGACAAUGAACGCAUUGAUUCAAGUAUCAGUUCUAGUCUCAUUAAAAUAGGUGCCAAAGUCGAAAAAACAUUUAAUCGAAAAGUUACGCAUGUGAUGUUUUGUGAUGGCUACCGCAGUACAUAUAAUAAAGCAGUUGAACGUAAUAUCCCACUGGUAUCAGCAAGGUGGAUGGAAUAUAGCAGAAGAGCUAAUAAGAUACAGGAUCCAGCUGACUAUCCGCCUGUAGGUUUGGAAAAAUACACCAAAACACCAUCAAAAGUUAUUAAAAUUCCAAAAUCCAUGUCAUAUCAAAAGUUUCUAGAUCCAAGUUAUAUUGAACGUGACCAGCUAUUUAAGUCAAAAUGUGAUAGCAUUAUGAAACAAUUUAAUCUCAGUAUAAACCAUAAUGAUGAAAAUGGAGAAAAUCAUUCUAGCAUUGAGACUCAUCAAAAAAUGAUUGCGGAUGAUCUAGACGAUCUCCACAAACCAGAUCAUAUUAUUAAUAUAGUAUCAGAUGAUAUACGUAAAGUAUUAAAUAUGACUGAUAAUCCUGUAUCAGAUGAAAAACUAGAAGAAUUAAUUGUACCAAUUAGAAUAAUAAGAAAAUAUCUCACGCCUGAUGGAAAGGAGAAUACAACAUCUAAAAUACUUGAUAGUCAAAUAGCUAAAAUUGAAGAUCAACUAAAUUUAAAUUUUCAAUCUAGAAAACGAUUUCGUAAACUAUUAUUUCCUUCUGAUGAGGAUAUAAAUAACAUUCAAGAAGUUAUUAACUCUCCAACUCAAACCAAAGACAGUAAUUCCAAAAAAAUGUCUGUAAAUUCUACGAUUAUCCAGACACCAAAAGACUCUUUAGCAGAUAAUAGCGUGGUAUCACAGUCAAUUGCCUGUACUGGGAUGAUGAAAAGUGAAAUGAAAAUUUUAAAAUCAUCUAUAAAAACCUUAGGAAAAUUUGUUUUCCAUGCUACGGUGAAACCUCAAACUACCUAUUUAAUUACUAAAUCACAUUCUAAUCAAUCAUUGGAUAUUGUAUUUGCAAAGGCUUAUGGCUGUUUCAUUGUUUCGGAAGAUUGGGUACAUGAAUCGUACAGAAUUGGAAAAUGGUUAUCCCAUCAACAUUACUUGAUCUCAGAUUUGUCUGAACCUGUAAAGGAAUUUCAAUUACAACGUCACACAAAAUAUAGAUCAGUGUUGAAAUUUCAUAUAUUUGAUAAUGCUGGCAAAAUAUAUAUAUCAGAUACCUGUAAAUCGCCUGCUAAACUCUUAAAACGAUUGGUGCAUGCUUGUGGUGGUCAUUGUACAAAUACCAAAUCUAUCGCAAACAUUGUAGUAGGUGAUACACCAAAAAUGGAUAAUAAUGUUGACGAAAAAUGGAUUUUAGACUGUAUAACCCAAGGGAUAUUGUUAAAUAAAAAAAAAACAAAUGGUCAAUUUCGGAUAACUGCAUUCAUAAUAUCAAAUAGAGAAAACAAAAGUUUUGUGUUGUCAAAGCAAACAAGAUAUGUUCCAUUUCUUCAACAACAUAUCACAGAAAAGGCUUUAAAAAAACUGUGAAUAAUUCAUGUGUGUCUCAUGGUAUCUAAAUGGAAUAGAUUGUUAAAAGCUGCAAAUAACUAAACAUUUAUUCAGUGUGCAUAAAGAAUUAGGCGAUUAUGACAAGGAUUGUUCCUAGCAACACUUCAAAAUACUGAA